GCAAAGGGCUGGCGAGCUCACGUCCUGGGCCCUCUAGCAGCGGUGCGCGACGCCCGGGAAUGGAAAUGCCCCAAAUCCUGGCAAACUCUUACCCACGAAUUUGAAACGACUCAUGACUGCAGCCCCAGGUUCUCCUCGACGGAAGCGGAAACGGCCCUCUAUCGCCCCGCCCCCAGCAGCCCCGCCCCCUCGCCGCUGACAUCCGGUUUCCCGGGAGCCUGCAGGGCUGCUGAAGGGAUAAAUACCGGUAUUUUGCUUGCUUGUUGAGAGCCCGGUUUGAUGAACAUAAGAAUGAAAAGGACAUGGUGAAGGCCACCCAGCUGCUGAGGGAGGCAGAGGAAGAAUUCUGGCAUGGUCAGCAUCCUCAGCCGUACAUCUUCCCUGAGUCUCCAGGGGGCACCUCCUAUGAGAGAUACGAGUGUUACAAGGUUCCCGAGUGGUGCUUAGAUGACUGGCAUCCUUCGGAGAAAGCGAUGUAUCCUGACUACUUUGCUAAGAGAGAGCAGUGGAAGAAACUGCGGAGGGAGAGCUGGGAGCGGGAGGUGAAGCAGCUGCAGGAGGAAACCCCGGUUGGUGGUCCCCGAACUGAAGCUUUGCCCCCAGCCCGAAAGCAAGGUGACUUGCCCCCUCUCUGGUGGCAUAUCGUGACCAGACCCCGGGAGCGGCCCAUGUAGAGAGAGGAAGAUGCCUCACAGUCACACUCGCAAGUGAGAUGAGUUAACAGGACACACACUUGCCCUAAUAAAAUAACUCCACCUGAUAUGACUGACGUGUUCUUUAGAGGAGUGACAUGCCAGGCGAUUGGGCUGCUGUUAUUUUCUUAGCAAUUAUGCAUAUAAAGAAAAGUAUGUGAAAUGCA